AUGCCCAACGAAUCUCUCUCCCUCCCUUUUUUCAUCAUUUUCGUGGCAGUAACCGCUUUGGCCCUCCCUAGCACGGCCAAUCGAGAUUUCCUUCGGCUACCAUCCGAUGACGUAUCAGCCUCUCUCUGCCCCGACCCGAUUACUCCCGGGUCAUGCCCAGUGAAGUGCUUCAGAACGGCUCCCGUGUGCGGCGUGAAUAAUGUCACCUAUUGGUGCGGAUGUGCGGAGGCGGUCUGUGCCGGUACACGGGUGGCCAAGUUAGGGUUUUGUGAGUUUGAAAAUGGAGGCAGCGGGCCGGUAUCAGUUGAUAUAGAGGAACCAACGGGAAAAGAAAUGAAUGAACCAUGCAUCAUCGAUGGGUGUCAAAGAGUUGUACUAGCACAGAUGGAGCUGGCUUUUAUAGAUAGAAUAAAAAGAACGUGUCCUUGA